GGUUGGCUCGCGGGCAGGCGGCCCCGCCCCCCACAUCCGGGGGCCGGGGCCGGGCUGUGGGCUCGCCGCGCGCGGGUGAGUCAGGCCGGGUUUUCCCUCCGCCUUUGGGGCAGGCGAUCGAGCGCCGCGGAGCGCGUCCGUCCCUCGCCAAUCCGGCUCCGGCGCCGGCGCCCGCCCGCCCGCGUUUUCCCGGCGCCUGCCGCUCCGCGGCUCCGACCCGGCUCGCAGUCCCGGCCCGAGCCGGCGCCUUGCAGGAGGGUUCAAAUCCGCGCGGGGGAGCUGCGACGCGCGAGGGCUGCAGAGCCGCGGGUCGGCGAGCGCGUCGCCAGCAUGAAGCAGCUGCCUGUGCCCUGUUGAAAAUUCAUGGCCACAGCCCCAGGCCCUGCUGGCAUUGCCAUGGGCAGCGUGGGCAGCCUGUUGGAGCGGCACGACUUGUCCCCUGAAGAGCUGCGGGCGGCCCUUGCCGGGUCUCAGGGCUCCCGCCAGCCUGAUGGGCUCCUCCGGAAGGGCUUGGGCCAUCGUGAGCUCUUCAGCUACCUGCACUUCCCCAAGAAGGACGGCAAGAGCACCAAGCGGGCCCCUCGGAACGAGCCUGCAGACUAUGCCACUCUCUACUACCGGGAACAUCCUCGCGCGGGUGACUUCAGCAAGACCUCGCUGCCAGAGCGGGGUCGCUUCGACAAGUGCCGCAUUCGCCCCUCGGUGUUCAAGCCUACAGCGGGCAACGGUAAAGGCUUCCUGUCCAUGCAGAGCCUGGCAGCCCACAAAGGCCAGAAGCUGUGGCGCAGCAAUGGCAGCCUGCACACGCUGGCCUGCCACCCGCCCCUGAGCCCCGGGCCCCGGGCCAGCCAGGCCCGGGCACAGCUGCUGCACGCCCUCAGCCUAGACGAGGGCGGCCCUGAGCCCGAGCCCAGCCUGUCCGACUCCUCCAGUGGGGGUAGUUUUGGUCGCAGUCCUGGUACUGGCCCUGGCCCCUUCAGCUCUUCCCUUGGCCACCUUAACCACCUCGGGGGCUCCCUGGACCGGGCCUCUCGAGGACCCAAGGAGGCUGGGCCACCAGCUGUGCUGAGCUGCCUGCCCGAGCCACCACCCCCCUACGAGUUCUCCUGCUCCUCGGCCGAGGAGAUGGGAGCCGUGCUGCCCGAGACCUGCGAGGAGCUCAAGAGGGGCCUUGGCAAUGAGGACGGCUCCAACCCCUUCACGCAGGUGCUGGAGGAGCGCCAGCGGCUGUGGCUGGCUGAGCUGAAGCGGCUGUAUGUGGAGCGGCUGCACGAGGUGACCCAGAAGGCUGAGCGCAGCGAGCGCAACCUCCAGCUGCAGUUGUUUAUGGCUCAACAGGAGCAGCGGCGCCUGCGCAAGGAGCUGUGCGCUCAGCAGGGCCUGGCUCCAGAGCCUCGGGCCCCCGGCACCCUCCCAGAGGCUGACCCCAGUGCACGACCAGAGGAGGAAGCCCGAUGGGAGGUGUGCCAGAAGACAGCAGAGAUUAGCCUCUUGAAGCAGCAGCUGCGUGAGGCCCAGGCGGAACUGGCCCAGAAGCUGGCGGAGAUCUUCAGUCUGAAGACACAACUUCGGGGCAGCAGGGCACAAGCCCAGGCUCAGGACGCAGAGCUGGUCCGGCUGCGCCAGGCUGUGCGCAGCCUGCAGGAGCAGGCCCCUCGGGAGGAAGCCCCAGGCAGCUGUGAGACUGAUGACUGCAAGAGCAGGGGCCUGUUGGGGGAGGCAGGAGGCAGCGAGGCCAGGGACGGUGCUGAGCAGCUGCGGGCUGAGCUGCUGCAGGAGCGACUUCGGGGCCAGGAGCAGGCGCUGCGCUUCGAGCAGGAGCGGCGGACUUGGCAGGAGGAGAAGGAGCGCGUACUGCGCUACCAGCGGGAGAUCCAGGGGGGCUACAUGGACAUGUACCGCCGCAACCAGGCACUGGAGCAGGAACUGCGGGCACUGCGGGAGCCCCCCACGCCCUGGAGUCCCCGGCUGGAGUCCUCCAAGAUCUGAGGCCAGCAGAGUGAGCUGACAGCAGAAACACUGUCAGAAGGUGCCCUGAGACGGCCGGCUCAGCCUUCCCUUGCACUGAUUGGGGUGGAACCUGCAGAGGCCAGGCCAGGGCUGGGGAGGCGCAAGGAGAGGAGGGAUCCAGUGGGGCCGUGGGCUGGGUAGGGUGCCUUGGCAGGAGCCAGGACAAGGCCCUCCUGGCAGAGGAGCACCUAGGAAGGGCCCGGCCCUGCUUCCUGGAGUGGAUGUGGCCCAGAGAAGGAGGCUGGGGGAUCACCAGCUCCAAGGUCCCGAAGGGCAGGUCAAAGGGAGGCUGAAGACCUGGACUGGGGCCUUCCUCCAUGGAAGGAUGCUGGGGUGGGAACAUUAGCCUCCCCCAGAAUAAAACCACCGUUUUCUACCAGAGGCUCAGAAUACGCUGAGCCUGUCCCUGACCUGAGACCAGAGGAUGAUGGAUGGUCAGGAUUGAGGCUGCUGACCUGGGCAGCAGCUCCUCCCAUGGCCCGUGGUCAGUGGAAGGGUGUGCCCCGCACCUGUCUUCGUGGCCACUGGGCAUGUAUGUUGUGAGCAGAGGAAUCCUACUCCUUGCCUCAGCCCCACACAGUUCCUUAGCUGCCGUGUGGGCUGAAAUUCCUUUCUUUAGCACCAGUGGAUUUUUCAGAAGGAACAGUAUCAGGGAAUACCAAGAAAACAAAGGGCAAGUCAACCAGGGCGUUGUGAGAACAUGAAAUGUCUUCCUGGUGGGAAGGCUGGGCCCCAGGAGUAUCCACAGGCUCAGGCCCCGCCCCUCCCAGAACCCACCUCCUGUCUCCCUCCCUCCAUAGGAGUGGGGGGCCCUAGAAGUGGAGGGGCCAGGAAGAACAGUAUCCUUCCCGGCCCCUUGCUCUGCCUCAUUCCCUGUUCGUAGGAAGGUGCAGGAGAAGAGGUGGGCAAGCUUAUGGGUUUCUUGGUAAAGAACCUUUACCACAGCAAGGAACGGAAACAUUUCCCCAUCAGCAGUGGGGCUCUGGGGCAUUGUUAAGUAGGGGUGAAAUAUGAUUCAUUUGCAUUCUGGAAAGCUCUCCAGGAGAAAGCAUUCCCCACCCCGCCUUGCCUCUGUCCUGCACCAGGCUCUAGGAUGGUCAGUCCUCCCAGAUCCCUGCUGUCAGCUGAGGCUGGUCCCUAAAACCCACACUUGCCUCUGGCCUCUCACAGGCCUGACUUGCCCUCUGGGCCUUUGCUUCCCCGCUGGGUGCCUGGCCUGGAACACAGGUUCAGUCUGGCUGUGUGAGUGGCGUCUCUCCCUUUCUUAGAGGGAAGGAAGCUCAGCUUCCUUACACACUCGUCGUUGGACCGGCUGCCAGGCAUUGCGUGCUCACUGUGCGCCAGGGGCUGUGUUGGGACCUUGUGAAUGUGGGGGCACAGGCUGAAUUAGAUGAGCUCCUACCCCAGGGGGACCUGCACACUGAUGUCAGCUCACCAGUCCCUUCCCUGACAGGGCAGCUCAGGGAACUUCGGAGAAGUUGUCUGCAGACAGCUGCAGAUCACUCCCUUUGGCUACCCUGGUCAUGCCUGGCAGCCCCUCAGGGCCCACAGGUGGGUCUUGGUUAUGAAGUGGAGUUAGUGCACAUGGAUGUCGGGGGAUGGGUGUGAGGCAUGAGCUGGGAGACCCCGCCUUUUCAGGGCAGAGAGUGAGGGGUGUGCACUACCUGCUGUGGCGAUGGUGUGUUUAUGGCCAUGUAAGUGGCAGGUGUGUGUAAAGAUGUGCUUGUGGGUGGUGGGUGUGUCCAAGGGGGUGUGUUUGGGAGCCUGGCCUCCAAAAGCCAGUGUCUGGGUUGGAGACAGUGCAGGCCCCUUCUUGGCCCCACCCUCUACCCCAUUCCUUCCUGUUGGCCCCAGCUUGUCUUGGCACUGGCCAGGCUGGGGUGGAGCCUGUGAUCCAGACAGAUCCCCUAGGCCUAUCUGAGACCCAUGCAGGCCCACACCUGAGCUCCUGUCUGCCUGAGGAGGGAAAGGGGGAGUGCCUAGGUCAGGCAGGCCAAUCCUCUACACACACCCCUGGUACCCAUUCCCAUUUCACAAACUUCUCCAAACCCCAAACGGAAAUUUCUGAGACAGUGGCCCCUCCAGAGGGCCCCUCAGAGCCAGGUGCUGGCCAGAUGCCUUGAUCACAGCCUCCGUGGCCAGGGGCCCAUCAGGCCAGGUGCCCACACACCUGGUGUCAGGGUCCACCUUGGUAUUCCAGCUCUGCAGAACAGUUCCCCACCCAGCAAUUAGGGAGCUGGGCUGGCCAGUACAGCCAGUGGGGAGUGGGUGGGAGGUACCAAAACUUGGCAGGUGUGCCAGAAACCAAAGCCAGGCCCAGAUGUAGGGGGAGGGCACAAGAGCUGAACCUGAACCUGGGGCGUCUCGGAGCUGGAUCCCCGUCAGCUCAUCCAGGCUGGACAAACCAGUUCCUGGGUCUCCCAGCCGGCUGGGUGGCGCUGGGGCCAACCGACCACAGGUGUCACUGAUCACAGGUGUCACUGUAGUGGCUAACACCUCGGGGCAGCCCCUCCCUCCUGCUGGUGGGGCCUCAGCUUCCCAGCUGCCUUGGCUUACCCUUCCCUGCAGCCCCUCCCCAGCGGGCUUGGUCUGGGCAGCCAGCUCUGCAGAGGGUGGCUGCCUUCUGGUGCUGGACUCCCUGCCUCUGGGGCCUCCAGUCCUUCACUCAGUGUCAUCCCUUCCAGCAGCUCCCUGGGCCCCUUGGUCCAUCCCUUGAGGCUUCUGACACACUAGUGGCCUCUAGUCACUGAUAGUGGUGCCUCCUUCUUACCUUGGAGCCCUCUGAGCCCUCAUCCUGCAGGCAGAGCCCCUCGGUGCUCUGAGAAACCUUCCCUGAACUCACCACCUCCCCUGCCUGGGCACUCCCUUCUCCCUGCGCCCACAGCCCCCAUGCCUCUCCGUCAGCGCUUGCCAUGCUGCUGUAAUUGUUGGUUUGCCUCGUCUCCUUGGAGCUAUGGGCAUUGCCAGGGUAGGGUGGUAUCUUCUCUGCAACUCCCGAAGGCACUGGUGGGAUGUGGAGUCAGGAGCAGCCAGAGCCCACCAUACUAGAAUGGAUUUGAGCUUGGGGUGGGCUGGAUGGGGAAGAGACUUACUCCGAAUGUUCGUUCAACAUCCGUGGGCACCAGGUCUGUGGCAAGCACAGGGACUCCAGGGCCAGCUGCCAUUCGUUCCAGUGAUGUAUUCGGGGCCUUCUCAGGUGAGGAAGUCAAGCUGGCCAAGGCCCUCUGUCUCCUGCCCUAAUGGGACUUAGCUGUGGGUGGGGGAGGGAGGCCGUUCCAAAUAGCGACUGGGGCCAGGCAGGAGGAAAGGAGAACAGAGGAGAAUCCAGAAGUGCUCAGACAGAACUAGGGACAACAGAGGGGCCUCCAUGGUGGCAAGUGGGUCAGCAGAGCAUGGAGCAGGCAGAGGAAGCCUAUCUGGGAGGCUGGGUGCAUUUCUCUGAGACUAAGGGUAUGUGGGUGUUGGGGUUUCUGCAAAGAGGGUGCAGACCCUGCAGUGACGGUUCAGAUAUUGAUAACCCAUCCCCCUUGGCGGGUCGGGGCUUAGGCAUCCAUAUUGGAUUCAGAAAAGAACAAGAAUGAUGCUUCUUGCAACAAAACAAAAGUGAUUAUGUCACGAGAGGAGAGGCUGGAGGGCCACAGGAGUUCCCAGCUGGCUCACUCAUCCGUCCAGGAGGUGGGGUCUCAUGGUUUCAUUUUGCUCUGGGCCUACUUAGAGUUUUGAUAAAUGCAGAGUUAUAUAACGAACCGACAAUGAAGAUAUAGAAUAGUUCUGUCACCCCCCAGCAUUCUCCCGUGGCCCUCUAGUCCACCCCCUUGCCCCACCCCAGCUCCUGGCAACCACUGAUCUGCUUUCACAAUAACCGUAUGGGUUUUUUUAUCUUUCCUUUUUUGUGAGCAGUGUUUAAUUCCUUUGCUCUAAUAUGUAAUAUUAGAACAUAUUACAAAGUAGCAAGAAAAAUACGACAUUGGUGUAAAAAUAAUCUACACCUCACAGAAAGAAUGAAGAGCCAGAAAUAGAUGCUAUUCUGUAGAAAAUCUUACACAAUAAAGGACUUCAAAACACGGGUAA